CAAUAUUAAUUUCAAAAUAUAAUACUAGUAAGCAUCAAUUAAUAAAACCUCCUUCACUUUGAAUUGUUGUCCAAGAAAAUUUAUAAUAUAACAAAAUUCAGUUCCUUUUUCUGGUAACAUAGUUUUGAUUCAUCCAUAGUUGUCUAUCAUCAGUACCAUAAUGUCUAUCUUUGAGUACAAUGGAAGUGCCCUAGUAGCAAUGGUGGGGAAGAACUGCUUCGCUAUUGCUAGUGACCGGAGACUUGGAGUACAGCUGCAGACCAUCGCCACUGAUUUUGAAAGAAUUUACAGAAUCCACGAUAAGUUAUUUAUUGGCCUUUCCGGGCUGGCUACAGAUUCUCAAACACUGUAUCAACGGCUAGUGUUCCGUCACAAAUUAUAUCAUCUUAGAGAAGAGAGAGACAUGAAGCCGGAGACUUUUGCCAGCCUUGUAUCUGCUAUUCUAUAUGAGAAAAGAUUUGGCCCAUACUUUUGCCAACCAGUAAUCGCUGGAUUAGGAGAUGACGGCAAGCCCUUUAUAUGCACAAUGGACUCCAUCGGAGCAAAGGAACUUGCCAAAGAUUUUGUUGUUUCUGGUACUGCUUCAGAAUCUCUGUAUGGUGCAUGCGAGGCCAUGUUCAAGCCUGACAUGGGACCAGAAGAAUUGUUCGAGACCAUCUCUCAAGCCCUCAUAUCAUCAGUUGACCGUGAUUGUUUAAGUGGUUGGGGAGGACAUGUUUAUGUUGUUACGCCGACGGAGGUGACAGAGAAGAUCUUGAAGGGAAGAAUGGACUAAGACAACAAUUUUCAUUUAGUUAUCAUGUACUUGUUCAUUGCAUUUCCUGGAAAAGACAUUCCUUUUGUGAUGAAUAACCUGUUGUUGUUGAAAUACAGGAUAAGCCUCCGUACGAUA